ACACGUCAUCAUUCUGCGUCGUCAGUUAAGUUGAAAGUUCACGUUACCCGCCUCAUUUGAACAAGUUCCCGUCACAAAAGCAACAACUGGAAACUGGAGCCGCAGAAAGAGCGCUCAGCGGGACGAAGCGAGACGGCACACCGACAACUUGGGGUUGCUGAGCCGAAUUUAACUGCGCUUUUGACGAGUGGCCUAUGCUUUGUGAAGAAGAUGAUGUUAUCAAAGAUGAAGAUGUGCCCGAAGUGUGUCUUGUAAGUCGCUCGGCAGCCUUGAGAUAUGACUGACUUGGCUUGCUGAUUUUUACACUAACGCUGCCACUGCCAUCAUGGAGUCCCAUCUGCUGGUCGGCUCUGAGCAGGAGAGGGCAGAGCUUCAAGAGGAAGUACGCCUUCUUCAGGAAGAGCUGGCCGAGAGCCGCGCCGAGAGAGAGGAGCUCGCGUCCAGGGCCAGGGCGCUCAACGAGAGGCUGGAGCAGUCGGUGUCUCCCUCGCUCGUCCACGCCCAUCACUCCGAGGAGGAGCGGCAAGAGAGGAGGCGUCGCGAACGGGAGAUGAGAGAAAGGGAAGCCCGACAGGCGCUGCUUGUCCACCGGUUGCAGAACAAGGUGAUGGAGUACCGUGAGAGAUGUCAAAGUUUGGAACUUCAACUCAAAGCGGGACACAGUCAGCUCAUUGAUGCACAGCUGAGUAUGAGGAAGGACAACACAGAGUCACUAGAGAGCGCCCUCAUCAGCCUAGAGGAGGAACAGCAAAGGGCAUCAGGCUUGACUCAGACGGCGUCUGCUCUGAGGGCGCGCCUCGGCCAAUCGGAGCGGGCAAACGAGAUCCUGAGAGAUGACGUCCGCGAGCUGAAGCGUGAUUUGACCGGAGCGCUGGAGGAGGCGGAGCGCCGGGCCGAGCGCUGGCGGAUAGAGCGAGAGCGUGCGUCCACUAAGAUGACGCGCCAUCGGGAGCAGCUGUGGUGCAUAUGGCGAUGCGUGAUGGCACUCCGGCAGCACUGUCGCACCGUCAGAACCGCCGCGGACAGAGAUCUUUUGGAGAUGAAGGCGGAGCUGUCCCGUCUGUCCCUGUGUCUACAGUCCAGCUGCGACUCGGCAUCAUUGCGCCUCAUCAAAAUUGGGCGGCGGGCCCUGCCUCUUGCCGCCUCAUCUUCAUCGGCCUCCUCCAGUCUGGGGACCUUCAUGGUGGAUGAUCUGCUGGAUCCCGAGUCGGACCGCAGGACAUCGGAGAACGAGGGCCUGGCAGAGGCGGUGGCGGAGGCGGUUGACAAGCUGUGUGCAGCGUUGAACGUGAGCGCCCCCGUCGGUCGGGACGCAUCCGGCCUCCUGUCAGUCCUCUCGCAGACGGAGAGUGCCCUGCACUGGAAGCAGCGGGAAUUGCAGAGGGCGGAGCUUAGUGUCAGGCAGUUGGCCGGGGAAAAAGCGCUGCUGCAGACGCGAGUGGAAAAACUGCAGGAGGACAAACGCAAAGAAGACCCAAACAUGCCCACGCUUACCGGACAGCCAAAGGCCACUUCUCCACAACUGGAGGUGGCGUUACACAAGCAAGAGGCGGCACUACGCCUGAAGGAGGAAGAACUCCGUAAGGCAGAAGAAGAGCUUCGCAGCGAGGACGCCAAGCUACAGAGGACAAAGGAGGAGAUGCUCACCAAGGAGGCAAGGCUUCACAAGCGGGACGAGGAGCUGCAGCAAGCAGAGGAGCAGCAAAGGAAGAGAGAGGAGGAGCUGUGUAGGAAGGAGGAGGAGCUACACAAAGGAGAGGAGCGUUUACAAAAGGGCAGCAAGGAGGUGCACAGGAAGGAGGAGGAGCUGCAGAGCAGAGAGAUGGAGAUCAAAAAGAGCCAAGAGGAGGCGCAGAAAGAGGAGGAAGUGUUACACAAAAGAGAAAAGGACGUGCACAGGAAGGAGGAGGAGCUAAAGAGUAGAGAGAUGGAAUUGAAAAAGAGCCAGGAGGAGGUGCAGAAACAGGAGGAAGUGUUGCACAGAAGAGAAAAGGAGGUGCACAUGAAUGAGGAGGAACUAAAGGGCAAAGAAAUGGAAAUGAAAAAGAGCCAAGAAGAGGCGCAGAAAGAGGAAGAAGCGUUACACAGAAGAGAAAAGGAGGUCCACAGGAAUGAGGAGGAGCUAAAGACCAGAGAGAUGGAAAUGAAAAAGAGCCAAGAGGAGGUGCAGAAAGAGAAGGAAGUGUUACACAAAAGAGAAAAAGAGAUGCACAGGAAGGAGGAGGAGCUAAAGACCAGAGAGACUGAAAUGAAAAAGAGCCUAGAGGAGGCGCAGAAACGGGAGGAAGUGUUACACAUAAGACAAAAGGAGGUGCACAGGAAGGAGGAGGACCUAGAGAGCAGAGAAAUUGAGAUGAAAAAGAGCCAAGAGGAGGCGCAGAAAGAGGAGGAAGUAUUACACAAAAGAGAAAAAGAGAUGCACAGGAAGGAGGAGGACCUGAAGACCAGAGAGACUGACAUGAAAAAGAGCCUAGAGGAGGCGCAGAAACGGGAGGAAGUGUUACACAUAAGAGAAAAGGAGGUGCACAGGAAGGAGGAGAAGCUAGAGAGCAGAGAAAUUGAGAUGAAAAAGAGCCUUGAGGAGGCGCAGAAACAGGAGGAAGUGUUACACAGAAGAGAAAUGGUGGUGCACAGGAAGGAGGAGGACCUAGAGAGCAGAGAAAUUGAGAUGAAAAAGAGCCAAGAGGAGGCGCAGAAAGAGGAUGAAGUGUUACACAGAAGAGAAAAGGAGGUGCGCAGGAAGGAGGAAGAGCUAAAGAGCAGAGAGAUGGAAAUGGAAAGGAGCCAAGAGGAGGUGCAGAAAGAGAAGGAAGUGUUACACAAAAGAGAAAAGGAGGUGCAGAUGCGGCAGGAAGAACUGCAGACCAGAGAGGAGGAGGUUCAGAAAAGGCAGAGGAACCAGCAGCAAAGAGAGGAGGUGCAGCAGAUGAGGCAGGCUGAACUGCAGACCAGAGAGAAGGAGGUCCAGAAAAGGGUGAGGGACCAGCAGCAAAGAGAGGAUGAGGUCCAGAGCAGGGAGGCAAAAGUGUUCGACGCAGAGAAGGAGAUGCAAAACAGCCAAGAGGAGGUCCACAAAAAAAUGGAAGAGCUCCGCCAAAGAGAAAAGGAGGUGCAGAACAGGCAAGAGGAACUCCAAAGGCAAGAGGUCCAGAAUAGGUACGACGGCGGCUCGGAGGUCGCCGGCGAUUGCUCGCCGUGCGCUCACGUGACUUAUCGUGGCAGUUUCCAGGCCGAGCUGCGGCAAAGAGAAGCCGAAGUCCGAGACAUCACGGAGUCGCUGGAGAGGUCUGAGCAGGCCUUGCAGAGGGCAGAAGAAGAAGCCGCUCAAGCCAAAGACGCCCUUCUCAAGCGCUCCUCCCAACACGCCUCAGUGUUGCGGGAGCUACAGGAGGCGCGAGAGCAGCUGACGCCGGCAGCCGAGGAGGUGGCCAGGAUAGAGCGAGCACACGACAGACAGCGCAGAGAGAACGAAGAGCUGUGCCGGCAGCUGGAGCUUCUCCGGCAAGAGGCGCGGCAGCUUGGGGCUAGCCGCGCUUCGCUGCUGGAGAAGCUGGAAGAGCAGCGGAUGCUGGCGUCGCAGGCUGACGUGGAUCGCAGCCACCUCGGCGCUCGCGUGGGAGCCCUGCAGGAGGCCAAGGAGGCGCUCACAGGUGAGCUCCGGUGUACCAAGGAAGAGCUGAACAGGGUCACCUCCCAAAAGGAGGAUGCCUGGAAAUUGGAGAAGGAGCUGCUCUGGAAGGAUUUGCAAACCAAAAACGAGGAGGCACAGACCUUGAGUAAGCGCGUCAUAGACCUACAAGAGGAAAUAAAGGAACGGGAGGAGGCUGCCUCCAAGGAGAAGAAAGCUCUGCUGGCAGAAGGAGAAAGGAAGCAUAAAGAGGAGGCGGCAAAGAGAGAGGAGUUUGACACACUGAGGAACCGUGUGGACGCAUUACUUAACGAAAUGAAGGAGCGAGAUGAGGAGCUGGAGCAACUCAAGAAGGAGUUGGGAACAAAAGAUGGGGAUGUGGUGACGCUCAGUGUACGGGUAGAGGGGCUGCUGGUAGAGAUGAAGAAACAGGAGGAGAAACUCGAAGAACAGAAGACUCGACUGGAGGAGGCCUCAAAGGCAAAGGAACAUCAGAGCCACUUGAAGAAAACGAGGGAGGGGGAGCUACGGCGACGCCUCAAGUUGGCAGAGGAGCAAACAGAGCAGCUUCAGGAGGCCCGACGGAAGUUAAGGGAAAAGGAGGCCAGAGCGGAGGAGCUGGAGCUCCUGCUAACAGAAAUGCGGCAAAGGAGCGAGGAGGAGGCCCGGGAAAAAUCAGAGCGGGAACAGAGGGAAAAGGAGCUGCGAGAAGCUGCCGAAAAAACCUCCCCGCACCAGGAGGAGGUGCUGAAGCUGAAAAGCCUGCUGCGAGAGCGGGAGGAGGAGCUGGACAAAUUGAAGGGCGGGAGCUUGGCGGAAGCUCAGGAGGCUCUGAAAAUGGAAGGCAGAAAGCGAGAGGAGCUACAAGAGGAGCUGAGAGGAGCUCGACAUAUGCUUCAAGAGAUGGAGCUCAAUGUUCACGCUUUGCAGGAUCAGAUCAACGCCAGCCGGGAGAAGGCCAGGCAGGAGAAGGAGCAGCAGGAGGAGACAAUGCAGACGCUUAACAGACUCCUGCAGGAGAGCCGUGAGGAGGAGGAACGUCUGAGGAGCGACGCCACGGAGGAGGACACUGUGAGGUCAGACCAAAACAGGGAAUGGACUGAGGAGGCGAAACAAAGUGAAGAAGAGAGGGCAAAAGUGGACGGGAAGUGCUGUUUGGGUGAAGAACAUCUGAGGAGUGCCACCACGGAGAAGAAGAUUUUGUGGUCUGACCAAGGCAGAAACUGCACGCAAGAGGAAAAGAAGAUUAAGGAAGAGUGUUGGAGGAUGGAAGAGGACGGGAGGUGCGGUUUGAUGGAGGUGGCCAGCCAAAAUAGCUCGAAGAACUUCACGGAGGAGGAGCUGAACAGCAGCCUCAGGAGCUCCAUGAAGAACCUGAAAAUACAAACACAGGCUCAACCGGCAAAGUGGCUCCGGGAAGGGGGCGGGGCCAGAUUGCUGCUACUGCAGAGCCACGUAGCUCAGCUGGAAAUCAAACUAGAGCGCUCCGACGCCAAGAAGGUCCAACUGAAACGACGCAACCGCCACAUCAAGACUAUCAGAGAUGCAAUCGCGCACCAAUCGUGACACUCUGAGGAUUCAGCGUCCAAUAUUUUUGUGUUUCCACCAGGUUUGGCAAUAAAUAUUUCUAGUUUACUUUUGCUAUUUUGUUUUCAGCUAGUUUUAACCCAUUGGCCGCCAUUGACGGUCCUCAAUGUGGGAGGUGCCAAUGAAAGAGCGAACAUUUUUUGGCCCCUGCCGGUCCAAAUGAAAAUGAAGUAAUGGUAUUAUCGAUACAUUGUUUAGUAUUAACUGUUGGCAUUUUUAUAUUAAAUGAAUGAGUGCAUUCAUAAAUGAAUAAAAUGCGGGUCACUUCUUGAUUUUGGAGCAUUCCUGGAUCACCUCCUGUUCAUUUUGGGUCUCUUCUUGAUUUCGGUUCGAUUUCAGGUCACUUUCUGUUUAUUUUAGGACAUUUUCAGGUUAUUUCCUGUUGAUUUUGAGGCAUUUCCGGGUCAAUUCCUGUUGAUUUUUGGGUCAUUUUCGGGUCCCUUCCUCUGUCACUAUACUGUUGCUUUUUGGCCAUUUCCAUGAGAAAAAAAGUAGAGAUGUGACCGAAAACCUUUGAGUGAAAAUAGCUAAAAUUGCCAUUUUCGGUUAAAAAAAAACAAAAGUUUACCACCAAAAAACAGGGCUUAAUUUGAAAAUCAUAAGGUACCAGGACACAAAGUACACAGCGCAGGGCUGAGGAGACAGGCACAGGUCCUGGAACAUACACAGAAAACGGUGCUGAAAACGACAUGCA